AUGCAUUUUACUGAAUCACGGAUGACAAAGACAAUGGGAUACCGAGAAUGGAGAUGGCAGGCGCUUUGGUGGUAUCACUUCUUUCUCUUGUGGAGUAUAAUAGACGCACAGACUCGGUACAGCAUCCCGGAGGAACUAAAACAGGGCUCUGUGGUAGGAAAUCUAGCCAAAGAUCUUGGUUUAGGACUGUCUGAGAUUUUUGACCGUAAGCUGCGAGUCGCCUCGGAGGCUGGUAAGCAGUAUUUCACUGUGGAUGCGGGGAAGGGCGAGCUCGUGGUGAAUGACAGAAUAGACAGAGAGGCUCUAUGUGGACAAAGCGCCAGCUGUGUUCUACCUCUGCAAGUCGUCAUUGAGGACCCGCUACAGUUGCAUCGCAUUGAGGUGGAAAUACGAGAUAUUAAUGACAAUUCACCAGGUUUCAUUUCAAACGAAUUAUCUUUAAAAAUAGCAGAAUCAGCAGCAGUUGGCACCAGCUUUCACUUGGAGCGCGCAACGGACCCAGACGUUGGCAGCAAUUCACUUAAAUCGUAUACGCUUAGUAAAAAUGAGUGUUGCUCCCUCAGAAUCAAAGAGAUAGAGGGUGGUAAGACCGUUCCGGAACUUGUCUUAGAUAAACUACUAGAUAGAGAAAAGAGAGCUGUUCACAAAAUCCUACUAACAGCAUUAGACGGAGGGAAUCCAGUUCGAUCAGGAACGUCACAAAUAACCAUAACCGUCCUUGAUAUAAAUGAUAAUUUUCCAGUUUUUGAAAAGAACGUUUAUAAAGUAACACUCGGUGAAAAAAGUAUAAAGGGGGCUGUUGUGAUAAAACCCAAAGCAACAGAUGCAGAUGAAGGUUUGAAUGGUCAAAUCGAAUUCUCAUUUGGCUCCCGGACUCCAGAUUUUGAUUCGUCAAUUUUUGAUAUUAACUCUAUAACGGGGGAAAUCAGUCUGAAAGGGGAGUUAGACUAUGAAACUGUAAAGUCAUUUGACAUCGAUGUCACUGCAAAAGACAAAGGCAGCCCUGAAAUGGAGGGACACUGCCGCGUGCAGGUUGAUAUUACUGAUUUCAAUGACAACGCUCCUGAAAUAGUCCUCACGUCUCAGCCAAAGCCAGUGCGCGAAGACGCACCAAGUGGCACAGUAGUUGCCUUGAUCAGUGCGCGUGAUCUUGAUUCUGUUGAUAAUGGCAAAGUAACGUUGCAACUCACCAAGGGCUUCCCCUUCGCUCUGAAACCUUCUUUUUCUAAUAAUUACGCACUGGUUACCAGUGGUACUUUAGACAGGGAGAGCUGCUCACACUAUGAUAUUGAAAUAACAGCCACUGACUCAGGCUCGCCUCCUCUGUCCAGUAAGAAAAUCAUACCAGUCAGCAUCACUGAUGUGAAUGACAACCCUCCUGUAUUCUCUCAGCCCUCCUAUAAUGUGUAUUUAAAAGAGAAUGGGGUACCAGGAUCUGUACUGUACUCAGUAUCAGCCUCUGACCUGGAUUUUGGGGAAAACGCUAAAAUCUCUUACUCUAUACUGGACUCUAAAGUGCAGGACGUUUCUGUCUCCUCGUAUGUUUACAUUAACUCAGAUAACGGCAGCAUCUACAGCAUGCACUCGUUUGACUAUGAGAAACUGAAGGUGUUUCAGAUUCAGGUUCAGGCUAAGGAUCAGGGCUCUCCGUCUCUCAGCAGCAACACCACCGUCCAUGUUUUUAUCCUCGACCAGAACGACAACGCCCCCUCUGUUAUUUACCCCUCUUCCGCUGUCCUGGGCUCCCUCUCUCACCAGAGGAUGCCCCGCUCCGCUAAAGCGGGUCACCUGGUCACUAAGGUGACGGCCGUGGACGCGGACUCGGGCCAUAACGCCUGGAUCUCCUACAAAGUGGCGGAGGCCACAGACGCCUCUCUGUUCACUGUCAAUCUGUACACAGGGGAGGUGAGGACUAAACGCGCUGUGUCCGAGCAGGACGACUCCUCUCAGAGGCUGCUUAUAGAGAUCAAGGACGACGGGGACCCGGUCCAGUCCUCCACCGUCACGGUGUCCAUCCAGCUGGAGGACGGUCUCCAUGAGCCCAUCUUAGACCUCCGACAGAAAGUGACCGAGCCCAGCAAGAAAACUGGGAGAAUCACCUUAUAUUUGAUUCUCUCUCUGGCCUCGGUGUCCGUGCUGUCUGUGGUGACUUUUCUCAUCUUAGCGGUUAAAUGCAUCAGGAGCAGCAGAAGCAGCGGUAGUUGCUGCAUGAGACAGGGGGACUAUGAUGGUUACAAGAACCCCAACAGAAACCUGCAGAUUCAGCUGAACACUGAUGGACCCAUAAAGUACGUGGAGGUCAUGGGAGGAGACAUGAUGUCUCAGAGUCAAUCCUUCAGGUCCUGUAUGUCUCCAAUGUCUCCAAUGUCCGAGUACAGUGACUUCACUUUGAUUAAGCCCAGCAGCACCACUGACUUUAAUGAGGUGAUCAGUGUCCUGGAUGCGUCUUUACCGGACAGCACCUGGACCUUUGAGAGCCAGCAGGUGAGCAGAAAACGAAAAGGCCAUUUGUAA